AUGUUUGAAAAGAAACAGCAUUCACAUACAAUGAUAGUAAGCAGUUGGAUUGAAGUUUUUCUGGGAUGUCUCCUAAUAUCAGAGACCCUUUGCCUAAAACUCAAAACAGUGCGCAUCCCUGCCUAUAAGGUUCGCUUCGAUACGGCCCUGCUCGAGUGUCACUACGAGCUGAACGGUCAGCGCAAAGGACACGGCUAUCUGGGCGAAGGUAACCGACGGCACCACGGUUACCAAAGCGACUACCUGGGCGAGCAGUACGAGGAACAGGAAAAGCUCUACUCAAUAAAAUGGUACAAGGACAACGAAGAGUUCUAUCGCUACGUACCGUCGGCUUCACAACCGAUCAAAAGCUACAAAAUCGAAGGCAUCCGGGUCGAUCCGAACCACUCGGAUGGCACCAAGGUGCUGCUGCGUGGGCUGACACUCAAGUCGUCCGGGCUUUACCGGUGUGAGAUUUCGGCGGAGGCGCCCAGCUUCGACUCGGUGCAAGGCGAAGGACGAAUGGAAGUGAUAUACAUUCCCAAGGAAGGCCCACACAUUAGCGAUGGCGAGCGAAAAAGCUACCAGAUCGGCGAGACGAUGGAGCUCAACUGCUCAUCGGGUAGAUCGUACCCGGCCUCCACACUGCAGUGGUACCUCAACGAUCUGCUAGUGACGGAUCCGAACAACAUCAUCCACUACCCGCCGAUUCAGAAUCAUCAAGGUCUGAUCUCGACGCUGUUGGGUUUGAGCCUAGUCGUCAACCACCGGCACUACAUCGAUGGUACGAUACGCAUCAAGUGUGUCGCCAGUCUUUCACCGGUUCUGUGGCGCGGCGGCCAAGAGAGCAUCGUGCAAUGGGAGCAGCCAUCUCUCGACAAUCGUACCGCCAUGCUGCUGGUUAAAAGCAACAGCACCAGCAGGAGCAAACAUUUUUUAGUGCCCUUUAUAAGCCUCGUGCUUUAUGCGAUUCGACCAAUUCACGCCUGUAUAGAUUACUGAUCGAUAAGGUUUGGAAAACUAAAAUCAAACAACCCCACCCAAUAGAACGUACAUGCCGUAUAUCAACGCUGUUUCAUAAUUCAAGUCUAAACUGAACUGAAUUACAGCAAAACUUCUUGAUGCAAUUGUUUCAGUGUACAAUCAUGUUUUUGAAAGAAGCAAAUGGUUACAAUUGCAAAAUGUGUUUAAGUUUGAUUUAAAUUCUUUUUAUAUGUCCACAAUUACGAUCUUGCUGGUCAAUUUCGAAUUUAAAUUUCACGUUUCCUGAAGCGCUUGAACCAUCUUACAAAUAAGCACCUAAUCGUACUGUAAAUAAGAGAUGUGAAUAAGUGUCUUCAAUUAUAGUUAAAUUAGGUUCAGAUAAGAAAUGGACAGGAAAGUAGGGUUACUUUAUAGUUUUGGUGAAAAAUGUAAUUGAUUUAGUUCAGGAAGACAUAUAUUUAUAUGGCAACCCAUGCAUAUGACAAGAAUUAAGAGAAUCAUUAUACGAAUACGCAGAGACAGAUGUACAAUAUGCUUAGUUGAUUAUGUAGCAACGCAAUAUCAUAGGCAGGUCCGGGAAACCGCGUGUGAUAUCAUCCAACAUACUAGAGAAAAUGAAUCUGGCUAAACCAAUCGAUAAUUUUGUAAAUAAAGUUAUGUAAUAUUAUA